CAAUGCUCGUUUGGUAUAAAUGCACCUUAAGAUGAACCAAGUCUACCAAGAAUUUUCACUAGAAAUUAUAUUUACAUAUCGUGAGGUUAACGAACGGAAAGUAGACAACUGAUUGAAGAAAAAAUAAUUCCAAAUGGACUACACUGUUUUCCAGGAGUGAAAUUCACGAAAUCAUUCAUGUCGUCGGGAAACUCCCCGUAGAACGAAACAAUUCGAUCGAUGUCAGAUUCGGCGCAGAAAUAAUUCCGAUUUAUACCGUUUAUAUUUUCAGAGGGGAAGUAGUCCGUGUUAUAGUUUUGGUGAAUUCAAGUGUUUUUCAUUGUUUGACUGGGACUUGAAAUUUUCCUAUAUAAGUUCUCCUUCAUUUUGGUUGUGACUUCGCAGAUAACAUGCCCCUUGGCGACUUCUUAAGACGUGCGUCGACCUACAUCCUGGGGUUGGAAGAAGAAAAAACAUUUUCACAUCACUACGAAGAUAAUGAAAUUCUAUUCUGCAAGAAUAAUGUGUGUGUUCAUCCACCAUCCAUGGUAAGGCGAGAUCCCGAUCUGCUUCAUCACGCAGGCUACCUCACAGUUACAACUAAAGUUUUCGUCGAUCAGUAUACCGAAACAAAAAGACCUACCUUAUUUCUCACUUGGAUACCGAACUCAACCUUAUCAAAAAGCCCGAAUACUGUUCAAAACUUUUUUAUUCUCAAGAAUGGAUAUCACAAAAGAAUUAGUUCUGAAAGUUUGAGUUCCAACGAUUCCGGCGGGAGUUUUGUCGAAAGACAGAUAGGCUCGAAUUUCCAAACUACGAAUCCAUUUUCAAACAGCUAUAAUAAUGAGGAUACUACCAGCGAAGGUUUGAGCUCCGAUGAAAGUGAUAAGGAAGAAAGAAUUAUCAAUAUAAAUGUAGAUAUAGCCAAUCCUGAAAUAGAAAUAUUAACAACUCCUGAUAGUAUGAAAGAUAUGAACGAGCAUCUGGAGAAAUUUAAAUUUUCUAGAUUAGAAUCCAUGAUAUCAAACGAGAGCCAAUAUGCUAAUUGGAAUGCAACACCGGAAUUUCUGGCACAAAAACAUAAUCUGAUAUUUCCAGACAGUAGCAGUAACUCUCCAAUUCUUACAGCCGAACAGCCGCACAAGAGCCUAAGGUUUAGCGUUGAUCUAAGCCAGAUGCGAUCAUUGAGAUUAUUUUUCAACGAUCCGGCUUGCACUUGUGGACAGUUGGUGGUUGCCUCAAGAGAAUCUCAAUAUAAAAUUUUGCAUUUCCAUUAUGGCGGAUUAGACCAUUUAGCCCAAGUCCUACAUCAAUGGCAUUCCCUGUUACAUAGUAUAAAACUUGUUCAAGGAUGCGAUGUGAAUCUUCCCUACCGUCAUUUUAUGGUAUGCCGACCGGAUAUUUCCGACUUAGAAUUACACCCAGAAGAGGGCCAGGUUCCAAAAUUGACUGUUGACCUUUUUCAGACUCUUUUCACAGAGCAUGGCCAACUCGAGGAUGAGUUGUCCUUGAGAAAGUAUGUGUUUUUUUCUGGAAUGGAUAAAAGUUUGAGAAGAUAUGUUUGGCCAUUUCUGUUGCAUGUUUUUCCAUAUCAAAGCUGCUUCGAAGAGCGAAAUAUUAUUAUGGAAAUAAGACGUCAGGAAUAUGCAGAAAUAACGAGAAGAAGAAUGGAACUUAGCGGAAAUCAUUUGAAGUAUUUCAGACGUAAUAUACAGAGCAUCGUCGAAAAAGAUGUUGUUCGAACAGAUAGGGGAAAUCCUUUUUUCGCUGGUGACGAAAAUCCAAACUUGGAGAUCAUGAAAAAUAUUUUAUUGAAUUAUUCGGUUUUCAAUCCUGGACUAGGGUAUACGCAAGGCAUGAGUGACCUGCUAGCUCCUGUUCUCUUUGAACUUAAAGAUGAGGUGCUCGCUUUCUGGUGUUUCGUUGGACUUAUGCAAAGGGCGGUUUUUGUUGCCACACCUACUGAUAGGGAUAUGGAUAUCAGUCUUCGAUAUCUACGUGAACUGAUAAGAGUAAUGAUUCCCAAAUUUUAUGACCAUUUAGAAAAACACAAAGAUGCAAUGGAACUUCUCUUUUGUCAUAGAUGGAUUCUCUUGUGCUUCAAAAGAGAAUUCACAGAAGGUGUAGCAAUCAGAAUGUGGGAGGCUUGCUGGGCUAACUAUCUGACGGACUAUUUUCACUUAUUUUUAUGCCUUGCUAUUAUAUGUGUGUAUGCUGAUGAUGUGAUAGCACAAGAUUUGAGGACCGAUGAGAUGCUUCUUCAUUUCAGUUCUUUAGCAAUGUAUAUGGAUGGACCACUGAUAAUACGAAAAGCAAGAGGACUUCUGUAUCAAUUCAGGCAGUUGCGCCAAAUUCCUUGCACACUAGCAGGUCUCUGUACCAGAUGUGGUCCAGGAAUUUGGGAUAGUUCCCAUAGUCCCAGAAUAUGUUGUGCUGGACACCUGAAUGGAAUGGCUUGUAAAAUAUGUAUCUAGUAAUGCUUAUUGUUUUAAUUUGUUGAGAACUUAUGAAAAAUAUUGGUUAGUACGGAAAUCACUUUGUUCUUUUAUCAUCAUGUAAAAAUUCCACUUAUCUUAUUGUGGUUGUCGGUUCACUUCAAGCUCAUUUGCCAACAACAUAAAUUAUAUUAUUUA